AUGCCCCCACGACCUCAACGCCUUGUGCGGCGCUUGCCGCUGCGCGAGCGAAUUCGCCAGAUCCUGAACCCCAUGGACUUCUACCUGUGGCUCUCUGAGGAGAUUCAGACCUUCGACUGGGACUCGAUCGCCUUCGGUACGCGCUUCGGCCUGAUCGCCAAUUUUCUGUUUCUUAUUGCGAGAGCCAACACUGGCGGCACACGCGAGGCCUUCGAUGAUGUCUUUGGCGAUGCGCCGGCUAGCGGUUGGUUCACGCUUGUGGCCAACUUCCUCCAGUGGCUUCUGAUCACGAUCUCCAUCCUGAACGCUUUCUACGCAAUUACGCGCAAGCGCACAUACCGCCUCUUCGAGAUGAGUGUUGAGUCUAAUGGACCCGGCACUCCGUCGGCGCAGCGCGUUCGUGUCGACUCGACUCCCUCCGCGUCGACCCCCGUGCGGCUCAUUCAGACCAUCCUCCGCCCUGAGACGGCGGAUCAGCGUGCACAUCCCGACCCGUCGCGCGAUGUUUGGGAGCUGCGUGUUUGGGACCCCUUCCCUGCGACGCUGCGCAUGUUCUGCCUGUUCAGCCCUGGCCACGUCCUCAUCCAUAUGCUCUUCCUACCUCUGCCGACCCUCGACCCGCGCCCGAGCAUGACCGUCUUCAAGUGCAUCCUCCUGCAGGUCAUCCUGUCAACCCAGCUCUGGCUCUUCCACUUGCGCUUUGCUCAGCAGGCUAAAGACACUGCCAUUAUCCAAAGGGAAGUUAUGCAUGAAUAUGAUGUCAAGUUCGUUCAUCCCAGGCUGCACCCUGUGUACCGUGAGGUCGGGACCCAGGUGUCUAUCAGUGACGGCAAGAUCAAGGAAGAGGAUGUUCGUCUUGGCACGCCUUCUACGCUCAUUCGCCGGUCAUUCCAACCCAACCCGAACCCCAACUACGUCCGCCACAUCGACCCUGAUGGCCAGAUCCCCGUGACGCGCACCACGAUGUCUCCCACACCGCUACGGCCUUAUCAGCAGUCGGUUUCGUCGAACUUCUUCACACCCCCCAAACCUCCCGUCAACCCCUUCACUCCAUCUAAGCCGACCUUUGCCCAGCAUCUCCGGCAGACCAUGCUCCGCCAAAACGCUGCCACCACAACCACAACCUCAACCGGUACCAGCACCACCAGCACCAACACAGACCCAUCCACUCCCUCUGUGACUAAUGCCAACGCCAGCACUAACAAAACCCCUUCCUUCACAAGCUCCUUCGCCAGUACCAGCACCAACAGUUCUUUCACCACGACCCAAUCAACCACAAGCAGCCAACCGACCCGAGUAAGCCAACUAAGCCAACCCUCACUCCCCCCUCCCUCAACAGCCCAAGCUCCCGGGCUAGGCGGAAGCCUGGGCGUCUACACACACAUGAACUCCCCCCUCAAGAAGCGCAACCCAUACCUGCUUAACGAGGGCCCCAACGGAGGGUACGUCGGCUCGCCACGCAACUCGCGUGAGAUGGCAGCGUUGGAGCAGAGGGAGUUGGCAGAAAGGAUGAUUAGACAGAGCAGUCCUGGUAAGAAAGACCGUCACUCUCAUAUCACGACAACGGGCGCUCAGGGAGGGAGUCAGAGUGGUGAGGAGAGUGAACAGGAGAACAGCAGGGUCAGUGGAGGGAAUAAUAGUUUUGCGCACUCGCCGGAGAAGUUAGCGAGGCUAAGGGCGAAUCGGUGGACUCAGGAACGGUUUCCUACGAGGAAGCUUCCUUGA